AUGCCCCCAUUGACCACGAAAGGUGAAGCGUCGGAGAAAGCACAACAUUUAAACUUUAAGCCUAUUUUUCGUAAGGUUUACUCGGAAACUUUGGAUCGCUUCUGUCUACAAGCUUCGAUACCUGUUAGUGGAGCUGCUAUGGGAGAAAUUCAUGAGGUUAUUUCGUCUACCGAUGGUGAAGCAAAUCCUAACUGGGAAAUUGGGGAGAAUUCAUGGAAUGCACUCAAGUUGCUACCCGAAGAGAAAGAUCAGUUUGUGCAUCGUGAUUGUCCUACGUUUGAGACCGCGCGAGCUUUGCGAAAGCGUAAACUGGUCCAGGGUUUUGUGAUUGUGGCACUAAUGGAUGAUACAAGGCUACACGUGUAUCCAAGGUGUUUUGGAGGUCACGCGGACAAGGAAAAGCACAAAAUGGUAACGCUAAAACGGGGUGCAGUGCUUUUCUUCCGUGGUGACCACAUGCUGGAGCAAAGUACGACGCUCUCAACUUUCGACUGCACUGCUACGUACAAAUUGCUGGGGUGGACCAAGAGCAGAAUACUACUGAAGCUUGUUUUUCAGACGUUCCACUGUGACAAGUGUCUAGAAACUACCUACACUCGUAAGAAAUUGGCGGUGUACCUCCGCACUUGCUCGGAGAGAGGCUACUCAGGUGCCCGUACCAAGACUGCACACUCGCGUAUGACGCCCGCAAUGCACUAA